GAGUCCAGCAAGCGGCGCUAGUCCCUACUUUCCAUGCACAAGCGACGGGCUUGACAUGCAGCUUCUCUUGCUCCCAACUCUGCCGGCUCGAAAACCGACUCGCGUGACCAGUCAUGACCCCACCGCCCCCAAGCCUCCGUCGGCUCACUCCUACUCGGCCUGCGACGUGUGAAAGCUGUCAACUGCAUACUGGGAACAUCCGCUGGAAGGAAGGAAUCGCUACGUACUUCAAACAGCGCGGCCAAAGGUCGAACGAUCAGGCCUUUUCAUGCAGGGUGCUCCUAUAAGAGGACAUAAACAAAGCUCUCCCCCACCAUGAUACCUUCACAUCGCAACAACCCUCAACAGGUUACCCCUCAAAAUACGCUCACCGUGGACAAGCACAUAACAGUGUAUGUCCUUCUCGCCGGGGUAGCGGGAGGAUUGAUGCUAGCUGUGGUGGUCAUGGUUUGCUGCAAGGUGUGUCUCCGUAAACGGAAACCGCUCACAAGGGAUUUGAAAGAAUAUGAUCCUGAUGAUCUUGUUGAGAGUGGGCUUUCUCAAUCAUGGGCCCAAACUAUACCUGAUAGUGGACCAGACGAAUUUUCCGCAGAUAUAGAAUUACAAGAUAUACCUUCGAAAAGAGCUUCAACUAAAGGUAAGAGUGCUACUGAACCAAAGAGAUCAGAUGAUCUGUCAGAUUCGUCAUCACCUGAAAGACCUCCUGAAGUCACAAGUGUUGUAAGAAGAAGAUCAUCUGUUGGUAUACAAAGACAAGCAUCUGUUUGUCUAUCUGAUGAAGAAGACCAAACAUUUGAACAUAAGCGGAUUCCAGAGGAAAUAUCAGAGCACGAAAAGUUACCUGAAUUGCGGCAUAAGGAGGUUACUAGAGUUGCUGCUAUUGUUCAUCGCAGCUGCAAUGACAAACCUCCUCCUCCACAUAGUUGGGAUCAAACAUCUGUAUGUUCUUCCAGUUCGCAGCCUGUAAUGGGAGUUCGUCACCCACCUUUCAUUCAUUCACAUUCAUCUCCUGAUUCAGGUAGCACUGCCAAUGUGCUUGACACCAAACAUGGGCGAGUAUCUAGCACUAUUUCUUUACAUGGAAUCCCUGCUGAUACUCUAGCUCGGGUGGUUGAUCUUGAAGAUUAUCAUUACAGUCGGCAACAAGUAUGGGAAUUAGCUACUCAGGGAGCAACACUCCUUAAAGAUAAAUCCCAAUCCAGUUUGGAUGUAGCUGCAGGAGCUGAAGGAUGGACCUCAGAUCCUUCUCAUAUUCAACAAGCAGCGAGUACUGAAGCUGGGCUGUUAGAGAAAAGCCUUGAAGAGCAUCAGUUAGAUCAUCUACAAACACUUCUUCAAAGAUAUUCACCCGUCGAUGAAGAAGAUGUACGGAUUUGGAGUAAAGUCCGUUAUAAUGAUACAGGAAGUAGAGAGGACAUUCGUGAGGAGGUAAUUGAAAUGAUAUCUGGAGAAAGUUCAGAUGACAGUAAUAGCAGUGCUGAAAGUGAAUUACUAAAGCAGCAGUCCCGCCAGUUGUGGGAGUUACGUGCUACAUUAGAAGAUGAAGAAGAUAAACUUAGUGAUACUCAGGAAGCAGCAAACGAUGAUCCACCAGAUGAAAAUCCAUCGGAGUUGCCAGACAUCUUAGCUUCGCAUGCAACAUCAUUUGAAUCUAAUGCUGACGUGUCUUGCGACGAUCCUGGAUAUGAAUGUGAUGACAGCGAUUACCUUCAGCUACCCUCUCAUGAACUGCGCAGGCAUUGCUACAAAAGUUUAUUGAAUAAGCGGUUGCAAAAGCGGACACCUGGAGGUGAGAGUAGCUUUGACAGCUGGGAAAGCUCAUCUACAGAUCGGACAGAAGGUGCUACAACAUCAUUUGAGUCCACUACUGAUAAUACAGACAGUACAGGUGAAGGACAAACCAAUAGACUGCAGCAAAUGAAAGCUGAUAGUGGUUAUAAAUCCAUGGAAAGUAAUGGUAAAGCUCCUCGUUUGUGUCGAAAGCAGUUGCAGUUUACUCUUGAGGGGGACAGUGUAGAUCAAAUGAUGACCAUGGAGGACACAUUUGAUGAAGUUGAAGUAUUAUUUAAAACUCCUGAUGUACAAGUAACUGAUACUAUCAAGACCAAAUCCUCAAUUGAAACUUCCAAGGUAGUAUCAUUUGAAGGUGUUACAAUAGAAGGAGAAGGAGAAGGUCUUCCACUGAGUGAACUCCAGGUGCACAAAAAGAAAUAUAAGAGUGCCUUGAAGAAGCACUGUACUGAAAGUGAUAUACAAUGGAGUGAUCAAUUGUCUGAAAUGACAAGUGAAACACGUGGUAAAACAUCAGUGUUUCAAAGAUUUUUUCGCUCAGGACGUCUCAAAUUUGAGCAUAUGCAUCAAUUUAGAGACUAUAGUAUAGAUGAGAAAUCUGAUGCACUCUUUCGGGCAUUUUCUCGGCAUGAUAGUGAAGGUGAUUAUCAUCGUACUCGGGGACCUCGUCUUCAUGGUCACAUGAGACUACAUCACCGAUCACUGCCAUCUACUGAAAGUAGUAGUCCCCAUCUUCCAAGGAAAAUUCUCUCACCUCAAGUCAGUAUUGAGGAAGAAAGCUGUGAAAGUGGAGAAGAACAAAUUGAUAAAGCCGGAGGGUCAGAAAAGCAGCAAGAUACUAGAAGUCAUUGUGAGACCCAAGCUCAGAUCUCUGUGAUAUGUCCCUCACAUGGUGGAGAAGGACAGUAGACCUUUUGCAAUGAUCCAAAUUUAUAACUAUUUCGUGGGACCGAAGCACAAGACUGAAAGCAUAACAGUAUUCUUUGAAAAAUUGUACAGUGUGUCAUUUGGACACUAAAAAAUACAGUGGCAUAAAUAUUACUUUGCACCUCUUUGCUGCCUGCACAAGUAUACAUUUCAGAUAUUAUGUAUCAACAAAAAGAUGUUUUUCAAAGAAAUGCCCCUCUGCAACACAAGUAUUUCAUUUUCAUGUCCUAUGAAGUUUUCAAAACUAAGGAUAGAACUAUUAUUUACAUUUGCUCAUUCUGUUUCUCAGUUAACUGCUAUUUUGUUCACAAAGUGCUAUGAUGCAGAAGAUAUCAAGAUAAGUUAUUGAAGGUACUAAAACAAACUGUAGAUUGAUUUUAUUGUAUGACUGUGCAUUGUGGUAGGAUUGCAUCUCACAAUUUUUCUUGUUCUGUACAUAAUAUGAAGAAACGUGCAUGUUAUUAAUCUGUGUUUUAACUUACGCACCUGCAGAGGGAGGCAAGAAAUUUAAUUUUUUAUAAUGAUGCCUUUGUUGCAGUCAUUUAUGUGGUCACCAUAUUCUCUUGAUUCUGAAUGAAGUCUUGCACCCAAGAUAACUUAAUUUUUUUUAAUGACUUGAACUGCCAAAUUAUAAAAUAAAAAAAUUGUGAGAA